ACAUUCAGAGGUAUAAUGUUCCAUGAAAAAUACAGCACAAGAACACAUUAUCAGCUAUUAACGUGUUAAAAUACAUAUUGCAGUGUUUCCUUCAAUGUUAAAAAGCUAGUUCAAUACAUUUAGCAAUGAGAGCUUGGCUUCUAUGAUAAAUAAGUGUUUUAUGGUUAAUCGUGUCACUUAACAUCUGAUCCGGUUCAUAUUGUAACCCUGACAUCAUCACGUUUCUUGUAUUACUUUUACGGGAAAUAUCUAAUUAUUUUAAUUGGGGUUUUGUACUUCCAGGCUUAAAUAUGAAGGUCUUCAUUUGCUUCCUCAGUUCCUAUGGAAACAUAUGGUUUCUACAGCAACAGCAAUUGCUUUGUAUUACCUAACCCUGGGAAAAAUACAGUGUCUAUGGAGCAGAGCUAAAAUUUCCUUUUGAAUGAGGAUCAAGGAAGAAUCAUCACCACAAAACAAUCCUGGGGACUGGAAGACAUGGAGAGAACCAGUCCUGUGGGGGAUAAGAAGGAUGCAAUUAUUUUGCAACAUAAAACAGGAUGCAUAGAAUUUUCUCAAGAUUGUAAAGAAAAAGAAAUUAACUAUGCGGAAUCCCUAGAGCCACCAUCGAUGCAGGCACUUCAGUUUAUCAGAACAGAGCUCCAGAAGACACAGAAAUCUAUAAGCGAACUCCAGACUGAGCGAAGGUUACUGAGGAAGCAAUUAAGUCGCUGGAAUGGUGCUGUCCAAGUGCUCCAAGAAGCUCAAGAAGACAAUCAUUGCAAAAUAGAAGCCCAUAUACGUACUUUAGCAGUCAGCAAUGACUGUCUGAGAAAAGAACUGGAAGAGCUAAGACAGAAUGUUCAGGGUAUAAUUUAUUUCUCUAAGAUAAAGCAAAAAAUGGACCAAAGAACACAGAGGUUUCCUAAUUCCAUUAGGUUGGACGACUGCGGUUAUAAUAAGACUAGGGUAUCCAUCCAAAGGAGCAAGAAGAGCUGUCAGCUCAAUUUAGAAAGAGAAAAUGACCAUCUGAAGGCAAGAAACAAACAGACACUGACACAUAUGAGACACUUGUGUGAGUCCAUUAAGAUUUCUACUAGCUAUAAAGAAAAUUACACACUAGGAACUGAAAUGAGGCCUGAAAAAAGUAGCUUUGCUGUAAAAGAUACAAUAAACAACCAAUCUACACAUGGUCCUCAAGAGUCAUCUGUGAAGAAUGAAGAAGAUGAGCUCAAGGAGCUAGUAGAAAAACUGAAAGACGCAUUAUCUCUCCAAAUACAGCCAGGACAAGUGUCUGAAAUAAAACAGGAGUUUCUACAUACUGCUGGGCAGGUUUGCAGGUCCUACUCUGACCUUAUAGGCAAAGUUAUUGAACCAACUUUAAAAUGAUACUUGGAGGAGUUAGUACUGAAUUAACGUUAUCAAUAAGAAUGUAACUCUGGUUUUGCAAAAUGCCAUAAAAGCCAUUGUAAUUUGAAGCUUUUAAAAUAUAUAAAUGUUUCUCUUUUAUCUGUAGCCAUCUACAAUUUUUUGCUAGCAACAAAUGUAGACCAAAUUAUAUAAUUGUUUUUGAGCUCAAUGUAUAAUAUGAAAAUGAUUAAAUUAUUUUUCAGCAUUAUUAGUCUAGUAGUGUAUUUGAAGUGUCUUUAUAUUGACGUGCCAAUUGUCAUAAAAACAUGAAUUCAGGUUUACAAUGGCAUUCCGCUAUGGUAAACUAAUGAGUAGCAUUAUGUCCAGUAGCAUUAUGUUGACAUCAUGACUACAGUGGUGGGUCAUGAGUCUUAAUUUUCAGAAGAGGUGUGAUGGAGGAUCACAUGAAUGCGGAUUUAGGUAAGUUAAAAGAGGCUAAUGCCUUGUACACACAAGCGGAAUAUCCGAUAGAAAAAGUCAGACGGAUUUUUUUCA